AACUACUAUAUAUAUAUAUAUAUAUUCAUACAUACCCAAAGCUAAAACUGUCUGUGUGCAAAUUAAGUAGCCAGCUUUAUUAGCAAAGAAGAAAAAAGAUAUGGCUACUACUCCCGGAAUUCUCACUGAAUGGCCAUGGACUCCUCUUGGAAGCUUUAAGCAUGUGGUCGUGGCUCCUUGGAUCAUUCACAGUACAUACUCGUAUUUUGCUAACGAUGAGGAAGAUAAAGAUCUAUCUUAUUUCCUCAUAUUUCCGCUUAUUCUGUGGAGGUUUGUCCACAACCAGUUAUGGAUCUCUCUUUCUCGAUAUCGGACGGCCAAGGGCAACGGCCGGAUUGUUGACAAGGGCCUCGAAUUUGAACAAGUCGACAGAGAAAGAAACUGGGAUGAUCAAAUAUUGUUCAACUCAAUUCUAUUCUACCUAGGGAGCAGGCACUUGCCAGGGGCUUCAAACCUGCCAAUGUGGAGGACCGAUGGAGUUAUUCUAACAAUUCUGCUUCAUGCUGGUCCAGUGGAGUUUCUCUACUACUGGUUCCACAGAGCACUUCACCACCAUUUCCUAUACUCUCGCUACCACUCUCAUCACCAUUCCUCCAUUGUCACUGAGCCAAUCACUUCUGUGAUCCACCCAUUUGCGGAGCAUAUCGCAUAUUUCAUACUCUUUGCUAUACCAAUGUUGACAACUUUAUUCACCGGAACAACUUCUGUCGCAGUCUAUGCUGGUUAUUUAACUUAUAUUGACUUCAUGAACAACAUGGGACAUUGCAAUUUUGAGCUCAUUCCAAAUUGGCUCUUCACCAUUUUCCCCCCUCUCAAGUAUUUCAUGUACACUCCAUCGUACCAUUCCUUGCACCAUACACAAUUCAGGACCAAUUACUCUCUCUUCAUGCCAAUCUACGACUGCAUGUAUGGCACCAUGGACAAAUCAAGUGAUUCCCUCUAUCAAACUUCGCUCACGAGAGGGGAGGAAUCGCCAGAUGUCCUCCAUCUAACCCAUCUAACAACGCCCGAGUCCAUAUAUUAUCUACCGCAAGGAUUUGUUUCCUUGGCCUCUAGGCCCCACACAAGCACGUGGUACUUAUGGUUGAUGUGGCCUCUCACAUUGUGGUCCAUGAUGAUAACUUGGAUCUAUGGCCGUACAUUUGUCGUCGAAAGGCACCGCUUGUACGAGCUCAAAUUACAGACUUGGGCUAUUCCAAAGUACAGUUUGCAAUACUUUAUGAAAUGGCAAAGUGAAGCUAUCAAUGGCUUGAUUGAGGAAGCCAUACUUGAUGCAGAGGAAAAAGGUGUCAAAGUUUUAAGCCUAGGCCUCUUAAAUCAGGGUGAAGAGUUGAAUAGAUAUGGCGGUCUCUAUGUUCAAAGGCAUCCACAUCUCAAAGUCAAGGUGGUGGAUGGAAGUAGCUUAGCUGUGGCUGUAAUCCUAAACAGCAUUCCAAAAGGGACAACUCAAGUCGUCCUUAGAGGCAAUCUCACAAAGGUUGCUUAUGCCAUUGCCUAUGCUUUGAGCCAGAAGGGUAUCCAGGUAGCUACAUUAUACCAGGCUGAGCAUUUGAAACUGACCAAAUCACUAAAUGGCACUAAAAGUAACCUAAUUGUUGCAAAAAGCUAUGCACAAAAGAUAUGGUUGGUGGGUGAUGGAUUGACCGAAAAAGAACAGAUGCGUGCACCAAAAGGAACACUAUUUGUUCCCUUCUCACAAUUCCCACCCAAAAAAUUGCGCAAGGACUGCUUCUAUCAUUACACUCCAGCAAUGAAGACUCCCACAUCUCUUGAGAAUGUUCACUCUUGCGAGAACUGGUUGCCAAGAAGGGUGAUGAGUGCAUGGCGAGUUGCGGGCAUAGUUCAUGCCUUGGAAGGUUGGAAGGAGCAUGAGUGUGGUUACACCAUGUCCAACAGCGACAAAGUUUGGCAAGCAAGUCUUGUGCAUGGGUUUCAGCCUCUGACGAUCAUUACUGCUCACACAAAAACUUAGAGAUCCACAGCUUCCUAUUAAAUAAUAAUAAUAAAAAAAAAAAAAAAAAGAAGUUACUAAGUGCACCGCGACCUUAAUCAGAUGAUCCCUUGUUUCAGUUGGGUUAUCAUGUGACAAUGCUGGCUAUAUUCUACAAAUAGCUGGCUAGAUGUUGUCAUCAUCUAUGAGUUACUCUAUUAUAUAUGAAUUUCACUUUAUAUGGAACUAUUCGUUGAUAAAAUUUGAUUGUUAUUGA